AUGCGGGGAAAACCAUCAGCUUUGGUUCCUGCGUCUGCUGAUAGUGGAGCUGGAUAUUAUGUUACGCAUUUCCCUGAGCCCCGCUCUGUUGGUCCUUCUGGCGAGGUGAACGAUAUCAACACGAACCAGCUGGCUGACCUACAGGGCUCUUCUAGCCAAGACUAUAAGCAACCCACCGAAGAACGCACCGUCACUAUGCCUGUUCCCAGCGGCCAUAAUUCGCCAAUAUUUAAUUAUACCUCGCGGGGGUUCUCGUCCUGGCUGCCGUCAAUGUACUCCCGAAAUGCUUUGGCGACGACCAAUGAUCACCGCAGACAAAGUCCCUCUCAAUCCAGUGAUGCCGGAACGUUUCCAAGCGCAGGAGUUCGGGCCCAAGAUAAGCCGAAGUGUGGUAGUCCAGCUACACACGAAUAUGUGAAGGAGGUGGUAGGCCCUGAUGGCCCCCUCUUUGCCGAUUUUGAAACUAGCAUGGUGCUUCUCGCGUAUGAGAAGCUGGUCAGGAUCCGGACUCAGCUUGCACUUGAGAGAUCCCAGAUCUCCCUCGACAAAGGAGACGCAGCGGUUGCUAUGUAUUUCUUGUCCACCGCUGACAAUGAGCGCAAUGGUGAAAAUCUCGAGACCAAAAUUUCUCCCCUCUUGACAGCGGCAUUGGAAAAGCACUGCCAGAAUGAAGUAUGGGGUGUUAUUGCCAACAUCGGUAUUGUGUUGGAGAAGUUGAAUCUCAAUGCCUACUUUGAAGGAGCGAACAUUCCGCAGUAUGCGCUGGUAGUCAACGGGCCUUUGAGAGUGCCCGAGAAUAUUGGUUUGAACGAGUAUUUCGUUGUUUUCUCUCAUGAAACUCUCAUUAUGAAUACGGGUAAAGAUAUCAGGUUCCCCCUUGAUCUACAGCCUACAUUCUACGAUCUUCCGGGCCCAUCCCAUCUUGAUGGAUUGGAGAUAAAUCAGCUUUCUGCCCCUAAAAUCUUCCCCCUUUAUAAACGAGUUGAAUUCUAA